CAGGGCGCUGUGCUGGGGCAGGGACUCUGCUGCCUGCCAGGGACAGCUCUCAGCCAGCCCUGGCAGCUGCUCCCAGCGCUGGAGAGAAGCUGUGGGGGGAAGGAGCCACCCUGAGCAGGGCAGGGGCUGCUGCUGAGAGGGGCUGGGUGGGGCAGGGCUGCUCCCAGCUCCAGACCUGCCUGGGCACAGCUCCGGAGGACACUUCCCAAAGAAGACAACAGGGGGAUGAGAGAAGCAGAACAGGAAUUGUAAUCCCAGAAUCACAGAACAUUCUGAGUUGAAAGGGACACACAGGAUCAUCAAAGGAAUGUUUGAACAUUUACACAGACUCCAGAACUGUGACUUAAGCUGGUCUCCAUGUUCAGCCCCAGCAAAUGUCCAACAGCAGCUCCAUCAGAUCUUCAGGGCCGUGCUGAGGAUCCCCUCUGAGCAGGGAUGGCACAAAGCCUUUUCCACCUGCCUCCCUCACCUGGCCGUGGUCUCCCUCUUUGUCAGCACUGGCAUUUUUGCCUACCUGAAGGCCCCCUCCAUGUCCUUCCCAUCCCUGGAUGUGGCAGUGUCAGUUCUGUACUCGGUGGUGCCUCCAGCCCUGAACCCUCUCAUCUACAGCCUGAGGAACCAGGAGCUGAAGGCUGCAGUCUGGAGACUGAUGACUAGACAAUGUAAGAAACAUUAGACUACUGGAAAGUUUCUGAAAAUAAUUUGUUAUAAAAGUUGUCUUUGAUA